AUGUCCGCCAACGGGAGCAGCACAUCCACAUCCCUCUGGAUCAUCAACAAGGCAGGAGGCCUGAUCUACCAAUCCUUUGCCACGAACGAGGACGCGCCGAAGCUCUCCGCUAACGAAGCCCUGAUUCUAGCUGGUACUCUGCAUGGCAUUCACGCGAUCACUGCUCGAAUCAACCCCACUGCUCUGCCAGACACUGGCCUGACAAACUUGUCCGCUGGCGGCUACGAGCUCAAUUUGCUCGUCACUCCAACAGGGAUCAAGUUCAUCCUGCUUCACCCGCCCUCCUUAACUCCUCAAGCAGCCCAACUCGCACUACGAGCAGCUUACGAAGCGUACGCGGACCUAGUGAUGAAGAAUCCCUUCUACACAGCCGAAAUGCCCAUUCGUGGCAUUGGCGCAUUCGAUGAGAAGAUCAAGAGCAUCACAAGUGUCUGA